AGCUGUGAUGGAAAAAUGGUCUAUGAAAACAUCAUUGAAGUCACUGAGAACUUCAGUGCCAAAUAUUGUGUUGGAGAGGGAGGAUGUGGUACCGUUUAUAGAGCUAACCUACCAAAUGGUCAAGUAGUUGCAGUGAAGAAACUUCAUGCAACACUUGAUGAUGACUCGGCUAAUCUAAAAGGGUUUACAAGUGAGAUCCGCACAUUAACUGAGAUUCGGCAUCACAACAUUGUAAAGCUGUACGGUUAUUGUUCACACCCAAGGCACUCGUUUUUGGUUUAUGAGUUCUUGGAAGGGGGAAGCUUGGGAAAGGUGUUGAGUAUGGACGAUGAUAUAGUAGUCUUUGAGUGGAUUCAGAGAGUGAACACUGUUAAAGGUGUGGCAAAUGCUCUGUCUUAUAUGCAUCAUGAUUGUUUUCAACCAAUCAUCCAUCGAGACAUAUCAAGCAAGAAUGUUUUGUUUGAUUUCGAGUAUGUGGCUCACAUAUCUGAUUUUGGCACGGCUAGAUUUAUGAAUCUCAACUCAUCCAAUUGGACUUCAUUUGUUGGGACCUUUGGUUAUGCUGCUCCUGAACUUGCUUAUACAAUGGAAGUGAAUGAGAAGUGCGAUGUUUAUAGUUUUGGGGUGCUAGCAUUGGAAGUGAUUAUGGGGAAGCAUCCGGGUGAUCUAAUCUCCUCUUUAUUGUCAUCCUCGUCCUCAUCAUCAACAUCAACUGCGCAAAGGAUAUUUUUGAAGGACAUCUUGGACCAAUGUCUCCUACCUCCGAGGAAUCAAGUGGCAGAGCAAAUAGUUGUUGUUGCGAAACUAGCAUUUGCAUGUCUACACACCACUCCACUGUCUCGGCCAACCAUGCAACAAGUUGCUACAAUACUAUCAAAGCAAAGGCCAACACUGCAAAAUCAAUUCUACACGAUUACAUUAGGACAACUCUUUGACAUCAACUGCGCGAGCUCUUGAGUAGCUGGUGAACAAGAUUUUCCAUGGGAACUUGGCUCCACUGUUAUUGGACAUCUACGACUUUAGUCCUGAGUUCCAAAAGCCAAGAGAACCAAGCUUGUUUUUCGACAAAUGCAAGGAUUCAACUGAGUCUUCAUUGGUCAUCUCAACCAGAGGGCAGUCAUCUAAGUUUUCGGUGGGUUUGUUUGUCCUAUUUUAUGUGUUUUGUUUUGAUUUUGCUUCUAGCAGGGUAGUGGUGUGGUGUGGU